GGCGGGAGGCAGACGGCAGCGCCAUGGCCAAGUGGGGCCAGGGGGACCCGCGCUGGAUCGUGGAGGAGCGAGCGGACGCCACCAACGUGAACAACUGGCACUGGACGGAGCGGGACGCGACCAGCUGGUCAAAAAGCAAACUGGAGCAGCUGCUGGUGGGGAUCGUGGUGGGUAAUGAGGCGGGCAGCUGUGAAAUAAGCGACCUGAAGCAAUUGGAAGGCGAAGCCUCCUGCAACAGCCGGAAAGGGAAACUGAUUUUCUUCUAUGAAUGGAACAUAAAACUUAGCUGGAAAGGUACAAUGAAAGAAUCUGGUGAGAAACAUGAGGGAUCUGUUGAAAUUCCUAACCUGUCAGAAGAAAAUGAGGUGGAUGAUACAGAGAUAAGUGUAAGCAAAAAGAAAGGAGAUGGAGAUGUGCUAAAGGAUCUUAUGAGAACAGAAGGAACUUCAAAAGUCAGGGAGGCUCUCAGAGAUUAUCUGAAAGUUCUUAAAACAGAGUUUACUCUGGGAAUGAUCCUACCAACCAAAACUUCAGCUGGUCCGGAACUGGCGGUUAAAAAAAAAUUGAGUGAGAAUAAUGUGCAGGAUUCUGUUAUACCAAUUUCUUUGGAUACAGUUGGUGUAAAGAUUCCAACAGUAAAGAUACUUCUGAAAGAGAUGUUUGACUCUCCGGUAGAGGAACUUUAUAGCAUCUUCAUAACUAAGGAGUUGGUACAAAAAUUUUCUAAAAGUCGUGCUGUGAUCGAAGCCAAAAGAGGAGGAAAACUUCAAAUGUUUGAUGGUUGUAUUACUGGUGAAUACAUAGAACUGUUACCCAGCCAAAGGAUUGUCAUGAAAUGGAGAUGCAGGAACUGGCCUCAUGAAUAUUAUGCAACAGUUGCUUUGAAUUUCAAGGAUCAGGCAACUCAAACUGAAUUACAGUUAGAGUGCAAAGGUGUCCCUGUCUGUAAUGAAGACAGUACAAGACAGUGUUGGCAGAAGCAGCAUUUUGAAGAAAUACGUGUUUUACUGCAGCAGACCAAAGUAAAUGCUGAAUGAUGAUAGCACUGUAGUUAGUUUUAUUAGUGCAUUACUUUUAUAUAUAAAUAAGUUUGUCUCCCUCUUUUGUCCCCCCCCCUUUUUUUUAAGAAAAUUAAUUUAUUUAUGGGGGAUGAAUAAACAUCCACUUCUGUGAUACUGUAUAUAAUUUAAGUGCUAUUUAUGGAUCUUCAGUGAAUGAAAUGGCCUCUUCCGUAAGUGAGAUUAUGUAUUUAGACACCUUCAGUUUGAGAACUGAUCACUGUUUUAUUAUCUAUAACUUAAAUUUGGAAACUGUUAGUGUGACUCAACUGCUAUAGACUUCAUGGUAUUACAUCAUACUGAGAAGCUCAUUUAGUAGAGACGAGCUACUAAGUAGGCCUCGUCCAGGUCUAAGUUAGAGCAAAGAAGUGACACAUGCAUUGUUUAGUAAGAAUCCAUUCGUGGUGGGUAGAAUGUCUGUGUUUAAAUGCACUGCUGAUUAAAAGGUGAAUUGAAAGUCUUAAAAAAAAACCAAAAACCCAUAGUCUGAUUCUGUAAAAUCAAAUGAUGAGUGAGUUAUACAGCCACUUAAAGUAAAGCACUUAAUCUCAAACCAUAGAAAAACAAGAUGCAGGCUUCUUAUAUUUUCAAACAGCACAGCUACACAUUUGAAAGACUCAGUCACCUAAGGCAAAGAUUUAGGUCUGGAGGAUUAACAAAAUUAGAACAACCCUUGUUGACUGGGAGAUGCCAUUAUUUUGGUCUAUUUUUCUAAACUCCUCUCUUCAUCUUCUCUCUGUUAAUGGUACCUGUGAUGGGAGUUGCUGCUCUGGCAGAGAUGCCAGGAAGGCUGUAAGAGAAGUAAUUUAAUUUUGUAUUUCAACAAUUUCCAUAUUUAUUUAAAGAGCCAUUUUCACUUGGACUGUUUUCUUCUCUUGGAAUUCUGAAAAUACGUUUUUAACUUAGACCCUUUCAGUUCACCUUAAUGAACGAUUCCACCCAUGGGCAUAUAAUGAAAGCAAAGCAAAUAAAACCCCAACUAUUUGACACCAAUGCACCAUAAGGGUUAACCAUGAUGGGUUAAUAUUGACGAUAUAACAAUUUAGCAAGAAUGGGGCAGAAUUCUUAAACGCAUUUAGUAAUUUUGUAAACAAUUGGAAUAAAAAAUAACUUACCUGUGCAAUACUGAACUUAAGGCAAAAUUGACUAAGAAAAAUCAUGACAGAGGUGACUCAGACUGCAUUUUAAUCAAAUGCACAGAAUAGCGAUCAGUCAUCUUAAUAAAGAAAAUUUUACAGUGAGUGAGAUUUGUUUCCUCUCACAUACACUAUUCAAUAAACCACCACAUGCAUAUGACCCCCCACGCUUAAAAGAUUAUUUAGAGAAUCAAGUUUCCGAGCAUGUAGUUUUAUUGUGAUAAGACUAAGACCACACAAACUACAAACUUGCAUAGGACACCAUAUCACAUUUUCAUUGUGUGUAAGUUUAAAUGACAUACAGGACAAAAUGACAUACUUUUCUCUGCUCCCCCCCCCCCCCCCCACACACACAAUAGAGUUCUGCCUGUCUAAUAAGUAAGAGUGUGACUCUUCUCUAGCCAAAAUAACAGUUUGUGGGUGAUUUAUGGAGAAAAUCUGCUCAGUUUACAACUAACGUGAUAGUUUCACUGAUUUCCAGCCCUGCCACCUGAAGCUGGAAUCUGAAAGGCAAACUGUGGUCCUCCUCAUUCAUACACAUAGGUGCGGGAACUACGGGUACUGCCACACCCCCUGACUUGAAGUGGUUUCCAUUAUAUAUGGGGUUUACAGUUUAGUGGGGGUGCUGAGAGCCAUUGAACCAUACAAAUUGUUCCAGCAGCCCUGUUCAUGCAUUACCAACAAUAAAGAUUCUGCCAUUAGAAUUUAGGCUUCAAUCCUGUUAGCUGAUUGAGGGUUGUAGGUGGACGCCCUCCCAUCUACACAGAGUGCCAUUGAAGGAAAUAAGGGAGUCACUGUAGGCACAGGGGUCUUUUCUGUAGAGUCAUGUUUGAUUUGGGCCCUAGUUAAUACUGGAUACAUGAACCAAAAAAGAAUUCAGCUCAUCCCUAUAGUUGUGUUGGUUCUGCAGUGUUGAGAAGAGUUCAGAUAAGUUUUUAUUUAAUAAAGGCAACUGAUGAGAGUCCAGAGAUAUAAAGGGAGAAGCUUGUUGGCAUAAGCAGGUGCCACAAGUUGAGCAGGGGAGAAGGACAGCAGUGUUGUGAUGAGAGGGGAAAGUAGAGAACUCCACUUUUAUUCAGAAUGGUAGCCAUGGUAGUCUGUAUCCGCAAAAAGAACAAGGAGUAUGUGUGGCACCUUAGAAACUAACAAAUUUAUUUGGGCAUAAG